GAUUUCUUUUUCUAUCUACUUCGGCUUUUACACGUCACUUUUUUUGCUGUGAGUGUCGCUUUUUAAGCUAAGAACUGACGGAAUCUGCGAUCAAGUGUUAGGUACCUUUGAACGACACAAUACGAAGAAUUCUAAAUAAUUCGCACGAAAAUGUCCGAAUCUGCCACAGAUGAAGUGCAAGAAAGCGUCAAUGCAUCCGCAAAUGCCACAGCUCGGGUACCUAGUACUCCGGAAGGAAUGGCUAUCGCAUAUGGAAGUUUAGUUCUUAUGGCUCUUGUCCCGAUUUUGAUCGGUGCUUUUCGUUCCGUUCGUCAUCAUAAAGAACAAAAGGAGUCUGGAGAGAAACCUGACACAAUGACUCAGAAAGAUGCUGCCAUGUUCCCCAUUAUUGCCAGUUGUGCACUGUUUGGGCUUUAUGUUUUCUUCCAGCUUGUUUCGAAAGACUACAUAAACUAUCUCCUCACUGGUUACUUUUUUUUCCUGGGUAUUUUAGCACUGACACACCUGUUGAGCCCGGUUGUCUCUAAAUUAAUCCCUGCAUCUGUUCCCAACAUUCCGUUUCACUUAUUAUUAGUGAAAGGCAAAGCACCACAGACUGAAGAUCUAUUAAAUUAUGAAUUCACUUCCCAUGAUCUAGUUUGUAUGGGUCUUUGCUCAGGAAUUGGAGUAUGGUAUCUUCUAAAAAAGCAUUGGAUUGCCAAUAAUCUUUUAGGAUUUGCCUUUGCUGUAAAUGGAAUUGAACUUCUUCAUCUGAACAAUGUUGUUACUGGCUGCAUCCUCCUUGGAGGGCUUUUCUUUUAUGACAUUUUCUGGGUUUUUGGAACUAAUGUUAUGGUAACUGUUGCCAAAUCCUUUGAGGCUCCUAUUAAAUUGGUCUUCCCACAAGAUUUGUUAGAGAAAGGUUUAGAGGCCAACAACUUUGCCAUGUUAGGUCUAGGAGAUAUUGUUAUUCCAGGGAUAUUUAUUGCUCUGCUGCUUCGCUUUGACAACAGUUUGAAGAGAAAAAGCAACUUCUAUUUCAAUGCAACUUUCUUUGCAUACUUCAUGGGAUUGGUGGCUACAAUUCUAGUGAUGCACCUUUACCGUCAUGCCCAGCCAGCGCUUCUUUACCUAGUCCCUGCUUGUUUGGGAACACCUUUAUUUUUGGCAUUGGUUAGAGGAGACAUCAAGACUUUGUUCAAGUAUGAAGAUCACCCUGCCGAAGCUGAAGUAGUGAAAGAAACGAAAAAGCUUGAGUGAGUUUUGUAUUUAAAGAUGUCCCAUAAUCAUGAACGCACCAGAAUUUUCUAAGAAACACUCUCAUUGGUUUAUAUAAUUAUGAAUUUUUUCAUGGUGUUUUUCCUUUGUGUGUUGAAAGUGGCUUUACUUGAGCUACCUGACAAUAGCAAAACAAUUGUCUAAUGACGUAUUCCACACAUUUUUUAUGUGUAUAACAUUGUGUAAUCGUCAUACCAACAACAGUAGAUAAGAUGGAAAGAAAUUUCUGUCAUUUGAAAUUAUCUCCCACUUGGAAUACACGGUUGAUUGGUAAAAUC